AUGGUGAAGAUGGAGACGGGAAUCAGUGGAAGUGGGUCACCACCAAAACUAGGCUUCAGUGAUGUUUCAACGAGGUCUAGCAGAGACUCAUAUCGAUCCAUGGCGACACCCAUCGUUGGAGGUCAGGGCCAACUUCAUAUGGGCAGCUUCGAAGGGGAUGCCACGCCCCAACUCAAUGGGCUGCUGGACAAAAGAGAAAAGGGCGACACCCUUGGCAGAGGCAAAUGA